AUGGCGGGGGGCGUGGGAUACCGGGGCGGGCAGGAGAGCGACUUGGUGUCUCGUCUAGAAGAGGACCUCGUGGUCAUCAACAUGGGAGACGAAAAGGAAGGGGGGAAAUGGAAAGAGAGCGCCCAGGACCCAGAGGUGUGGUACAACAAGGUCGAGGACGGGGCGGCAUGGUUCAUGAGGAAAUGGCACAGGCAGGAGGCGGAAGCGUCCGCGAAGCGCCAGCGCGCGCGGGAAGCAGAAGCAGAGAGUACGACCAUCUCAGGACCGAAGAGAAAGAGAACCGGCGAAGCGGCGGUGGGGGGGAAGAAACGGCGAACGGGCACUGCUGUAGAAGCGAGUAGGGCGGCCGAGGCAGCGCUUGUGGCGAACUAUGUACCCGGCUGAUGUUGUUGCGCUCUGUUUUCCUCCCUGCUGUAUGCUAUACUCCUUUAUGUAUGUCCUUUUUAUUGCCUUCGGCCUCUGUGCUGUGUUUCUUUUUUUCAUGACCUUCCUGCCUACUCUGCUGUGUUGGUACCUUGAUCUCGCUUUCCGCCCUUGUACGUCUGGCUGUCUGCCCAUCUGCCACCUCUUUGUCCUGUUUGCUCCGUGCUCUCCAUGCCCUGGUGCGUAGUGCGUAGUGCGUAGUGCCUGGUGCUGGUAGGUUACCCUUUGAUUUGUUUCUUUAGGCGGGUGUGGGAAGCGUCCUCCUCAAUAUUUGUUUUUGUUUUAUUUUGAUCGGUUUCCGAGGGCUCNUUCCCUGCCUACUCUGCUGUGUUGGGUACCUUGAUCUCGCUUUUGCUGUUGCCUUUGUUUUUGUACGUCUGGCUGUCUGCCCAUCUGCCACCUCUUUGUCCUGUUUGCUCCGUGCUCUCAUGCCCUGGUGCGUAGUGCCUGGUGCUGGGGGGGGAGAGGAGCAAGCGGCCGGGGGAGGCGGCGACGAUGUCCAAGUCGUGGCAGCACCAGCAGCAAAGCAGGCUAGGGUUAGGAAGAGCACGAAGUGGCCUCCUACUUACGACUUGGCGCUGGCAAGGGCGGGUGAGUCUUUCCCCGCGCAAGGGUAUGCUCUGUUUUUCUAGAGAGAGGAGUUGUUGGCUUGGAUGUGUUACAUCUCCAAACCCCACCCCCAUACGCUCCGAACGCGACACAGCACUGCAGGAGCAGCCGGCCACAGCAGGGGUGUAAGUACUUGCUGUCUCCGUACUGGUGCGAUUUCCUGUGCUGGAUUUACGUAGUUGUUUCCUUUGCUGGGGUUGAGGGAGCCACCCAUGUGCGCGCGAACACAUGCACGCUGUUUUUGAACUGUAAAAGAGACAGCCACUCCGAACCAGAUUGUUGAUCCUUGGCAACGAGGGUGCAACGAGUGCACAACAUAGACGAAAGAUUCAAUCGAAUAGCAGCGGAGUAGGGUAGGAACACACAGCUAUAUUCGGUGUUCGUAGGGGAGAUACAAGUCUUGCUUGGCGAAGAAGCUGAGACUUUCUUGCACUGGUUCCGACGUGGAAAAAAAGCACGUCACAUGUGGCAUCAUGUUAAAAAUUUAAAAGCAGCGACGAGUUUUUGGGCGUACGAAGCCGCUGCAUCUCCCAGUAGAUGCAGUCUACUUGCAAAAAAUGUCACAUGCCGCCUUUAGAUGGAACCAGCAGGACAAAGGUGCGCACAAAAUUGUAAGCGCAAGGUG